GCAUACUUCAUGAACAAGGUAUCGCCAUGCACUUGCUGUAGAUAAUCACAAACCUAAGUAAAUAAUGUGUAGUUGAUAUCUGGCAUCCUUUAGUGUAGUUUAUGUUUGGAUCAUUGGUAUUUUAGCCAUCGUAUUCGUGAAUUGUCUGGUCACUUCAGUUUUACAUGGCGGUCUUGUGACAGAUUUGCAACAUAGGGGAAAUUAAGACCCCAAUUAAGAGCCCAUCUCCGAAAUUCGGACACAAUUUGCCCUAGACAACUACUGAGAGAUGAAGGUUUGCAAAAGGUAAGGAAGUAGAUACACCCGUCCAUGAUGCCCCUUUACAUUGAUCAUCUGCAGUGACUAUACUCUGAACGUUGCAGCGAUGGAUGUUUUAACAGAUAUUGAACUUCAGGCAAUCGCAGAGGAGGUUGGAGUGGAAAUAGGCAGACUUGGUCAGUAUUUAGGCUUCCCACAUCACAAAGUUCAGUUUUACCAGUUACGUAAUCGUAUGACAUGGUCAUUCUCUGGAACCAUGGAGUUGUUGUAUUGUUGGAGGAGGAAAACGCGAUUCACCAAGGAUCAGAGAACAGUAUUGAUGAGCAGCCUCUCAGCUGCUGGUCUCGGAGAUCUCGCCGACAGAAUCCAGCAAGGUGAAUUUAUUGCACAAGGGCAAAACACAGAUGAAUAUGCCUCUACAAGGCCCAUAGCCACGAAGAAGGUUCUUGUCUACAUGGUCUACGCUAGUUCGUUCUUUGUCCCUAUCGCUAGUACCAUAUGGUCUGUUUCCUGUUUGAAUCUACUUUUCCUGCCAGUGGAGAUCAAAGAACUUCGGGGGCAUCUUAUAAGUUACUACGAGUCAAGCGUUUGCGACUUGAAGACUGUUCCAUGGAACUCCUCCAGUAUUUUAAAGCUUGAUGAAUUGUACAUCAAUUUAAAUCUCUUAAAUCAUGACUUCAACAAAGGAAACGGAUUGGUACGGAAACCUAUUUCCCAUUCAGAGCUUUUCGACCUGAAAGCAAAGAGCGGCAAAGUUGCAAAGAGGGUUCUCAUUACAGGCGACGCAGGGACCGGUAAGACAACAUUGUCUUGUAAAAUAGCCCAUGAUUGGAGUAGGUGUUUGUGGGGAUUCUCCAUCAGAUGCACUCCUAUUGUAAUCCUUCUUCAGCUACGGUUGGUAGACCCUAAAAACAGUCUUGGCCAGGAGAUCUUGAACCAAGGUCUGGUACCAACAGAUCGGCAUGGUACUAUAACAGCUGACUUGAUCGACAACUAUGUCAGCCGGAAUCCAGAGAAUGCUAUCAUUAUCUUUGAUGGAUACGACGAGUAUGUGGAUGGAAGUUUAAAGGAAAUUACUAAAGGAGGGAUCUUUGAUAUUCUCAGAUAUAAAUCAUUCAGGAACACGAUUGUAUUGGUCACUUGUAGGCCAUGGCGAGAAGCAGACUUUGACGAUAUCCCUGACUAUACUCACAUCGAAUUGACAGGAUUCAAUAAUUCAAACGUGGUAGCAUUUGUGAAGAAUUUCUUUGGUCACAACGAGAAGAAAUCCGAUAAGCUUCUGACAUGGUUGUUUGGUGACGAGUACCUUGAAUCAGCAGACCGACUACUGCAGGAACCAGAGGCCAUAACCUGUGAUUAUGAUUACUCCAAUUGUAGUAUGAAAACCGUGUCCUACAUGGCAAGGUACCCCCUAUUUCUGACCAUGUUUUGCGAGCUCUCAAAGAACGAAGACUUCCUGGUAGAGUCCUAUAAGGUCUCUGACGUGUUCAAUCAUAUCAUAGAAUACAUGUACGAACAAUACAUAAAUAAAAUAAAAGACAGCAGAAGGGUAACAGACCUUGUUGAUUUCGACUGUUUAAAGGUUAAUUUGGGAAAACCAGCAUACGAAGGGUUUCAGGUACAAACAGAUGAGACUCCCAAGGAGAAAACUGUGUUCACUGUCGAAGAAUUCGAAAACGACACAAUAUUCAGAUUGGGAAGUGAAAUCGGGUUCCUCACCAACAUUCCAGAGCACAACUAUUACCGAAACAUAAUGCCUCGACGAAAGGUCUACACCACUGAGUUCUUCCAUAAGUUUGCCCAAGGGUAUUUCGCAUCUUGCUACCUUAUGCAUAUCCAAAAGAAAGCAGUCAAAAGAGUGACUCCGGGAGGACGCUUCUACGUACAAUCGUAUGAACCACCAUCAGGUUUUUAUGGUAUCGUCGGCAGGUUGGACAAGAACUGAAUUUGGGUAACCUUACCAUUUUUAAUGGUUAUUGUUGAGGGAACUAGGAACGCCUGAUUUAAUACAAACUUGAUCGUGUGCAUAAAUCAAUUCACUCAAAGAAAGGCAAUUAAUUAGCAUAAGUGAUUCAUGGAUCAGAUGUAAUUGGACCACCUGAUUAUUAAUAAAAAUCGGUUAUAUGAAUAGUAUAUUAAACUGACUGUUCUACUGCAGUAUAAAAUACUUUCCUAAAAAAUAAGAUCGACCUAAUUGGGUCGGAGAAGAAAGUUUGGAGCCAAUGCUUGAUAAGAGCAAAUAUGAAUUGCAACAUUGCGAAGUUUGUUAUUUUAAGUAGAACUGAUUAUGUCCCUCGCACUUUUGCCUAAAUAACCAUCUAAUCACCUUCCUUUAUCUAUCUUGUUAUAUAUGUUCUUUCUUAUCCUAUCUUUGUCAUUUCACGUCAUUCUUCCUCUUCUUGUCCUGCUUCUGACGCACAACUCACGGUGUGACUGAACGCGCAACGCAGGUCAACUCUGGAAGAUUUCUUUACAUUUUCUAUUUCCUCGGGGGAUUUCCACACACAUCACAUGAAUUGAACGCAUCAAUAGAUUCACCACCUCACUCAAACUCUUGGAAUACUCUUGUAUGGCGACGGUACAUCCAGAUUUGAAAUGAAUAUCAGUUUAUUCUAUUCCCACUGAUGUAGGAGAAUAGGCAGUGAAAUAGUGAAAUUAUAGUGAACUCGA